AUGACUUCUGAAGAUCCCGAGGCCGCCGAGGAAUCGGACCGCCUCUGCGCCUUGCCGACUCCGCAGGAAAUUCAGGCGAGAAUUUAUGGUUUUAUUGGAAAAGUUCUCGAAGGAAGAAGGAAAAAAAACGGAAUAGUCGAAGAAAAUACGUUAUUUCUCAAGCAAAUCCUGAUGAUUUUGUGCAGGUGAAAGAGAAAGCAAAAAUAGGUUUUUUUUUAAAUAUAAAGAAGUUUUUUUCAUAAGAACAGCCCAUUCAACUUUCAAAGAGCCAAAAGUUUCCUCAGACGCCACUGAAAAACAUGGACGAUUUCAUCAAACUCGGCUGGUACUGUACUUUAGUGUUGCUGGCGGCUGAGGGAAUGACUCUGACUUCGCUUUCUUCGAUGGUUUAUAUGGUUUAUGCGGGUGAGUGUUCUUAUUUUCAUGAAAUACAAGGUUUUGGGUAGCGUAAGUUUAGCGGGUUCACGGCUGGCUUGAGCCAUGCAAAAAUGAGUCCUGAAACGGUAAUGGAAGACAUAGUGUUUGAUUGAUGGAGAGCAGACAGGCCACGCCCCUCAGCUGUGGAUUGGCUAUACUUCUUAAUACAUCUUUAUUCAUGUUUUCAGGAGCGACACCAACAGUUGUAAUCGGGUGUGGAAACUAUUACUUUAACAAAUCUGAAAGUUGCGAAGAAAUUCGAUUAUUUCAAAAAACUCGACAAUGUCGAUUGAUUAUGGAUCAUCAGUUUGUGUCGGUCAACGUCGAGGUUGCGAGAAAUCAUUAUUUUUAAUUAUUCUUUUUUUUUCCAGUUUGAAAUGGUUUGUGAAGAGAGCAGUGUUGUGAAGAACAGCAUUUCCUACCAAAUGGCUGGAGUUCUAUUCGGCGCCGCGGUGGCUGGUCAUGUCAGCGACUCUUUCGGACGUCGAAAUGUAAGAGGGGAAAAAAGCUGAUCUGAUUUCAGAACAAAAAAAACUUCUUGAGAUAGAUCGUGUAUCCGAGUUUUGGCGUUUCAAAAGCUCCAAGUACCAAUUUUUCUGAAUUUUUGCGGUUUUCGAAGCGUCCUAACUCGGAAAAUUUCAAUUUCGAGACAUUUUUCUUUUCUAUUUUAGGAAAGUGAAGUUUUUUUUCAGGAGUAACGUGUAAAUUUCGAGAAAAAAAGUGACAGAAUUUCGAAACUUUCAAUUCAGACUCUUCUCAUUUCGUUGCUCGGACUUGCCGGUUUUUUUCUUUCGCGACGGCAUUUGUAAGUUUUUCUUUUUUUAUUUAUUUAUCCGAUUUAUGGUUUGAUUCCAAUCUUGAAGAAAGAAGUUUGUAGGCUCAAAAUUUCCUACAGUUCACGGUGCUUCGUGUUGCCGGCGGGGCAUUUACAGGAGGACUCACGGCGUUAGUUUCAUUUGAUUUUUUCUAAAUUUAUUUUUGUGAGUAAAACUUUUCGAAAUUUUGAAAGAUUUUUGAACGUUUUGGUACUGAAAAGGAGGUUUUUCUUCAUGGGAUUUAGUCCUUUUUUCGCGACUUGAAAGAGCGAAUUUUCUCUGCGCCCUCCUUGUCUCUUGGUGGCUCUCUCCUUAUCCCGUGCUCUUUUUAUGUUUCUCUGACCUCACCGGGGAACAGAGUCACAGGGAACAGAGACACAGACACGCGAAAACUUUCAAAUCGCUAUGAUGGCUGUAGACAGAGUUUUGUCUGGAAUGAAAUUGAAAACAAAAUGUUUAAGGGUGCAAGGCGUGUAUCUCGUGGAAAACAUCCCAAAAAAGCACCGCAUGUGGAUCAACACCGUGAUCACCUGGUCGCCGAACUUUAUCAUUUUCCCGCCAAUCGUCUACCUCUGUUGGACCUGGCGCAAUUUGUCCCUGUUCACUGGCGCCGCUUCCUUGAUUUCUGCGCUUUUGUUGUGGUUGGUUUCCAGUAAUUGUAUUGUUUUUUUUCAGCAAAAAAAAAAUGGUAAACGACCUUGUGGAAGGACCGUAUUGAAGGUUUUGCAUAGGCAGACACUUAUUUUGAGUCAAGAAGAGCAAUUUUGAGCAUGUUUUCUUGUUUUUGGUAAACAUCUGGAGUUUUAGCCCCCAAGAAAUACGUUUAUCUUUUUCUGGCUCAAUCUCAGUUUUUCGAUGUUUUUGUAAUUCAACUUCAUUUUCAACGUUUUCCCAGAAGUUCCUUCUCCCAACUAAAAAUCAGAAAAAAAAACUUGGUGAUGGAACAAAGAUAACUCUCCUGUUCCACCUCAUUUUUAUAUAUGGCAUAUUUCAAAAUGUUUUUAAUACGUCACACUAACAUGUUUUGAAGACGAAUUAUUCGAAUUUUGAAGAUAGUAUAAACGAGUUUUCUCUUUCAACGCCAACAGUGGUAUUUUUUCAAUUUUCUCUUCUUCAGCUUGGUCUACGAAUCGCCGAGAUGGAUGAUUCAGAAGGGCAGGAUAGCAGAAGCUCGGGAAACUUUGGAGAAGAUCCGGAAGAUCAACAGGGACACUUGUUCUGUGGAGGCCGGUCAGAUCGAAGCCAUGCUUCGACACGAGCAAACGGUACACUUUCGACUUUUCGGGCAAAGGCGGAAUGGUGGAUAAUGACCGAUUGAAGAGAGAGGCUCGAAAAAGGCCGCAGAAAGGCAGCAAAAAAAGUACAUUCAUCAAGACUUUCAUUUCUCCCACAAUUUUAAAGGCUCAAGAAACGGUGGGGAAAAGGGAGAGGCAAAAAAAAUGGGGCAUAAGAGCCGAUGAAGUGGAGCAAAAAGGCAGCAAAAAAGGAGCCUUUGUCACCCUGAAAAGAAAAUUCCUAUCGAGUUUAUUUUGACCUUUUUAGACUUUCAAUUUUAGACUUUGUCUAUAUUUAAAAUUUGAGAUAUUCAUUGAAUUUCAAAAUAAAAAUGAUAUUUUUCGUAGAAGACAAACAAUUCUCAUGUUAAGAUUUUCGACUCGCGGCUUCGAAAACAGAAAAAGUACACGAUUUUCGACAUUUUCUGCACCUGGCAGUACUUCACGUGGACAACGACCAUCUGUUUUGGAAUGUGAGUUGAGGAGGUUGAUUAUGGUUGAUUAUACUCUGAUUAUGAUAGAAUUUUUUGGGUCCUUUCUUUCUAUGCUCCAAAAAUGUUUUUAUUAGUGUUUUUUUUCGAUGUUAUUUCAGUUUUUCCUUUUUUUUUUAACUGAAUCCUACGAACAAUAUUCCAGCUUCGUGGCUUCGCUCGUCAAUUACGGCCUUCUGUUCAACAUGGAGAAGCUCUCCGGAUCUCUCUACUGGAACAACUUUUUCUUCGGCGUUUGUAACUUUACUCAAUUUUUUUAACAUUCCUGGGCCUCAUAAUCUCUCUUUUACUCCAAAUAUUCAUUUUCCAGGUAAUUCGCUGGAUCGUGAACAUAGCCGUCGGGGCGGCCGAUUAUUUCUUCAAGUGGGUCGGUAGAAAAGCCAUCAAUUUCUUCGCCAUGGGCUAUAUUAUCGUUUCGCUGAGUAUUAUAUGCCUUCUGUACGUGAGAGGUUCUAGUUGAUUCUCAGUCAAUUUGAUAAAUAAUGGAAUAUUGCAGACUUGCAGGAAGAAGGAGCGUGGCUUAUUAGGUACAGUACCAUUGGAGUUACCGCCAUGACUAGUCAGGCGAGUCAUUUUUAUAGGAAAUGGGAAAAAAAUUCAAGUUUCCUUCGUUUUGAGUGCUCUUGCAAACUUGGACUUUACAAUUUGGUUAGGAAGAUAUAUGUUUGAAGCUUUAUUAGAUUUUUGGUUAAAUUGGUUGGGUUGAAUGUUAAAAACUUUAUCUCCGAAGCCACUUCCAGAAAAAUUAAGCUCAACUGUAAUAUGAGGAUAAAAAAUGUGACUUUACUCCGAUUUCCGUUUCAAGAUUUUGAAGGAGUUGUAGGAUUUCCAGCAGGAGCUGAUCUGAUGAAAAUUCAAAAAUUCGAAUCUGAAAUGAAAGACAAACGUUUUUUCAAAGUUUACAUGAUCUAACCGCUUUUUUAUCUCUAUAUUUGUUCCGAUUGAUAGGAGACUCGAUUCAUUGCACUUUCAGCUAUAUCUGGCAAAGUUCAUGAUAACAUCGGAACUUUUCCCGACAGCCGUCAGAAAUUUGGCUGUCUCGACUUUGUCUGUCAGCAGCCGUGUAGGGACCAUUGUUGCGCCGCAACUUUUCUUUUUUGUGAGUCAAAAAAAUAUCUAACUCUCCAUCGCGUCUAGCAUACAAUUUUCAUCAAGAAUUAAGAGUUAAUCAUACACUUUAAGGCAACCUGGUCGCCAGUCCUACCAUUUUUCGUACUUUUGAUCUUUUCCACCAUCGACUGGGUCGCCUGUCAAGUCCUCUUGCCGGAGACCAAAAACAAGAAUUUGGAAAAUAAUCUCCCUUCCAAGGACAAACGGAUAUUCUACAGAAAGCACAGUUUGACCGAAAGCUGA